AUGAUAUUAAGUGCCCCAGAUAUUGUUUCACUCACUGUUUAUUUUUCUGCUCUUUUCGGGACAAUUGCAAAUUUGGUUCUUAUCUUCGCCUUUGUGAGCAAUGCCUUCAAAAACAAAGUGUUUCAACCUCUGGAUAAGAUUAUUGUGAACAUGGCCGUGGUCAACCUUCUGUUGUGCUUUUACAAGGAGAUCCCUGGGCUCCUCAUCUUGUUCAAUGCCAAAGUAUUUGGACCGGCAGGUUGUAGGUUCUUGCUUUACUUUUACCACACUCUUCGGUUGAUCAGCAUAUGGUCAGUGGAGAAUCUCAGCUUCCUUCAUCUAAUCAAGAUAAGAAGACCUGGCCAUAGUUGGUCAAAGUUUAUCCACCGUCACCAAGCGCAGUAUGUCAACUGGUCACUGGCUGGAUGUUGGGUCAUCAGCAUCACUUUCCAUACGCCUUACCUUCUAUACCCAGAGUCCUUGGAUUUUCGUAAUAAGACCAACUGCAUCGGGCCAUCCCAAAGUGAACUGUUGAAGGUCCUCACUUAUGCCACGGUGAGUGUGGACUUCUUGUUGAUCAUCUUGGUAGUUCUUCUAAACUGGUUUAUAAUAGACUUAAUAUGUAGGCACCGGAGGCAAGUUAGGGACACCAUGACCAUAAGACAAGGCUGGAACAAGCACACGGCGCAGGCAACAAAGAUACUGCUGUCCCUCCUGUUGUUAUACGUCAUCUGCUGGAUCUCCAGCGAUGUGGCAUGGAUAGCCGUAGUCUCUGGGCUAAUGCAGGAUGACUAUGAAAGUGACAUGCUCUCGGCUAUUUAUGGCGUCCUCUCCUCCAUAUACUACUCAGUCAGUUCCUGUAUUAUGGUCUUUGGCUACAGACAAGUGAAAGACUACUUAGCCGAAGCUGGAAACUGCUGUCGAAUGGGAAGAACUCCAGCGACGGUCCAGACUCUGGAACAGCAGCAAUGA